AUGGAACCCACUCCGAACCCUUCCCCCGUGGAACUCCCCCGGCCGGGAGGCGCUGGAGAGGGCGGGGGCGACCUGCGGCAGGCUGAGGCCUGGCUGGAGGCCGAGUCUCGCCGCCGGGGCUGGGCCAAGGCCGCAGCCCUCGGAGCCCCCCGGGCCCGCCAGGGGCUCGUGGGGGUCCUGAGCGAGGGCUCUGCUGCUGUCAUGGUGGAGGUGAACUGCGAGACGGAUUUCGUGGCCAGGACCCCCGAGUUCCAGCAGCUGGUGGAGAUGGCGGCCAGGGGGGUGCUGGGGCACUGCCAGGGGGCUGAGGGCACCAAGCACCUGCUGCGAGAGGAUGAGCUGGCCCAGCUGCGGGUGGGGGACGGGGGGGACCUGCUGAGUGACCACCUGGCACUGGCCAUGGGUCGCCUGGGGGAGCGGCUGUCGCUGUGCCGGGCCGGGUGGCUCCGCGCCCCGGGGGGUUUCGUGGCCACCUACACGCACGGGUGGGUGCCCCCCGGCCCCCCCGUGGCCAUGGGCACCUACGGGGCCCUGGUGUCCUGCGGGGGGCCGGGCCCGGGGCCCCCCCCGCCGGAGCUGCGGGAGUUGGGGCGCAGGGUGGCCCAGCACGUGGUGGGUCUGGCGCCCACCGAGCUGGGGACCCCCGAGGACGAGCUGGGGGGCGAGGGGGAGCGGCGGCUGCUGGCGCAGGGGACCCUCCUGGAGCCGGGGGUGCCCCUGGGCCGCUUCCUGCGGGACCGGGGGGGGCUCCGCGUCUGGGACUUCCUGCGCUUCCAGUGCGGGGAGGAGCCCCCCGAGGAGCCCCCCCGGGACCCCCCCGCGCCGCCGGCCUGAGGGG